AUGGCUUCCAAUUCUCUUUAUGAUAUGCUUGUAAAUGACUCUGACUUAUCUGAAUCUAAUGAUGAUUUGGAGAUGCUCAAAGCUGUUACUAUGGAUGAAGAACUACUAGAUAGUGAGAUAGGAUCAAGCUCACGUCGUGGUUUUGUUCGAGGUCGUAAAGUCAUUCAUCGUGAUCAUAUUCAAGGUCAUGAAAGGCUUUUUCUCGACUAUUUUGCUGAAUCACCGGUAUAUCCUCCUGAGUUAUUUCGAAGGAGGUUUCGGAUGAAGCGUUCACUUUUUCUUCGAAUUCAAGUUGUAGUAGAAGCGCACGAUCGAUACUUUCUCCAAAAAAGAAAUUGUGCUGGAAAGCUUGGUUUGUCUUCUCUUCAGAAGAUAACUGUUGCACUUAGGAUGCUUGCUUAUGGAGUAGCCGCUGAUUUUAUAGAUGAAUAUAUUUGGCAUGCAUUUUUUGGAUUACCUGGGUCUCAUAAUGAUAUCAACGUGCUAGAAAGGUCUUUUGUAUUUACCGAACUUGCUCAAGGACGUGCUCCUGCAAUCAAUUACACCAUCAAUGGUAAUGAAUAUACGAUGGGAUACUAUCUCGCCAAUGGUAUAUAUCCACAAUGGUCAACAUUUGUGAAAACAAUUCCUUCUCCUCAAGGAAAUAAGAAAAAACUUUUUGCUGCAGCUCAAGAGGCGACAAGAAAAGAUGUAGAACGUGCAUUUGGAGUGCUUCAAGCACGAUUUGCAAUUGUGCAUCGACUGGCACGUUUUUGGAAUACUAAAAUGCUUAAAUAUAUUAUGAAGGCGUGCAUAAUUCUACAUAAUAUGAUCAUUGAGGAUGAGCGGGAUGACAAUGGAGUAAAAGACUUCAAUUAUGAUCAAAUCGAUGACAGUCCCCAUGUAACAGUGUUACAGGAGAGAACUACUGAACUUAUGGCAUUCAUUCAGUGUCAUCAUAACAUUAGAGACAGGCAAACACAUUCUCAUCUCCAAUCGGACCUUGUCGAACACUUGUGGCAAUUACAUAGUGAGUUGUAA